UUGGGAGAGCCACUCUCUUUUCCUAAAGACCAGCUGGGGUCAAAGCCAUUUGGACAAUCUCUGGAUAAUCAAGAUUUUGAGAGCAGAAUCUUAAAGAGCAUUCAUGAAGAGGGGGAGCUAGGGCCAAGAAGGACUCUCUCAAAGGUACAGAAACCUGGGAGUGUGUGAGAAGUGGGAUCUGAGGUCUCCAGUGGAAGAAAAGGAGGCCCACUAGAAAUCUUAAGUCCAGCCACAUAUAGAAUUAAGUGAAAGAGGACUGUGUCUUUCCUUUUACCUACAAGGGGUCCGUUUACUUCUCUUGCACCAAAAUCAACAGCUUCCUCCCUUGGUGUUCAACCACAGCAUUUUAUGGUGGCAGGUGAAAAUACUGUAUGAUGGAAGAUUACCCACGAUGUGUCUUCCCCUUCAUCUUUUGUGGAAGGACCUAUAACAGCUGCAACUCAGACGGCAGCUUCACAGGAAAGAUGUGGUGCUCAGUCACGUCCAGCUUUGAUGAGAAGCAGCAGUGGAAGUAUCAUGAGAUGAAUGAGUACGGGGGAAAUUCUUUCAGCAAGCCCUGCAUCUUCCCAUCCAAGUAUAGAAAUAAGGGGAUCUCCGAAUGCCUUGAGGAUGAAAGCAACAAGCUCUGGUGUCCAACCACAGAGAACAUGGAUAAAGAUGGAAAGUGGAGCUUCUGUGCAGACACCAGAAUUUCCUCAACAGCUCCUGGUUUUCCCUGCCACUUCCCAUUCAACUACAAAAACAAGAAUUAUUUUAACUGCACCACCAAAGGAUCAAAAGACAACCUUAUGUGGUGUGCAACUUCUUACAACUAUGACCAGGAUCAUACCUGGGUAGACUGCUGAUGCUGAGGGAGAAGAAAGACACCUUCAGAGGAAGACUCCACAGUGAGGCUUUUUCAUUGCACCUUUCAAACUUAGAAACUCACUUUUUGAAAUGCCAUACCACUUAGUCACAUGGUCCUUACUGAAGAACAGAGGGAAAAUGUGGCAUAACCACCAAUAAAGGAGUUCUAAAUCAA